UGAGGACCCCAAAGUGUUCUUGGAUGUGGGUUAUAUCUAUUGAUACUAACUGUAAUAGAUAUUAAAACUGAGAAAUGUUUAAAAUUCAAGAACACAAAAUCACACAUCCCUCAGUAUCAGAAAGAUGGCAUCAUCACAUGCCAUAUAGCCUUUGGAAAAGCCCUCUGUACAUUUAUGAGAUAAAAAGAAUGAAAAAGGUAAAUAUCUUAGUGUCAUUAUAAAAAAUAUUAUUUAACCCACAGGCCCACUGAAAGGGGCUCAAGAAUCCCUCCAGGUGUUUUCAGACCACUCUUUAAGAACCAAUGGGCUGGAGGAUACCUUAAGACAGUCUUUUACAUAGACCCGUGGAUUAAAGAGUUUAGCUGAAACCAUAGAUUUAUAUCGACAGUGUCCUAAAACUACAGAUAUUGUAGAAAUUGCUUGAUAGCACAAGCUCAGUGAUAAGGUAGUAACUGAAUAUAAACAUUGUUUUAUCUUACAAGAAGGGUUAUCUCCAUCCAAGACAUCUCUUGAAGAAUUAAACUAGGAAGCCACAAUAGCUCCUGUGGAACAAAUCCAUCAGUUCAAUAAUUGUGUGAGGGAUAAUUGCAGAAAGUUUUUAGAGACUUCUGAGGUUCCAUAUGAUAAUUCAUAUAUAUACACAUACACCACAAGAGAGUACAGAGGGUUAGUCUGUAAGACUGUUCAGUGAACUCAUCAUGACAGAUGAUGUGGCUCCAAAGAACUGGAAAUUACUACCCAACCUUGCAUGUUUGCUUUUGAUGGAAUUUAGGAUGCAGUCUGUUUCCUCCAUUUCUGCUGAUCUUUUGUUUUUCUUUUCUUAAAAUAUUAUACAUGUUAAUUGCUAAGAUUUGCCUGGGUUAAGUAUAAUACCUUGUUUCUUUUAUUUUUUAGUGGCUCCCUUUAUAUAUGGAUGGAGAGACAGAGAGAUGGGUAUGAGGGUUAUUUUCCCCUAGCUUUCAUUGAAAGUGAAGCUGUACAAUAACUGCAUUGACCACUGUAGAAUGAUGAAAGAGAAUCCAGGCUAGGAUGUGCAGAAGAGGAAAAAAAAGGGAUCAUUAGUGGGGAUAGAAGUCAUAAAACAAACUCAAACACAAAACAAAGAGUCCCUAGUUCACGUUUAGUAGUUUAUGCAUUAUCUUAUUGACUCAUCCAGUGCUCUAAAAUAUGUUCUCAAAAUAUUUCUGCAUUUUAUUUGUACUAUUUAGGAAUCUUUAGGGGUCUUCAUGAAAUUUGUUGUCCUUGGGUCAAAGGAUUGAUAAUUAAGCCUAGGUCUUAAAGAACAUACCCAUUAGCAAUCAGAACAGAAGUAACAUUUUAACAUGCAAUCUAUUCUCCCUGUUGUUAGGUACUCCUAAAAUUGUCACCAUUAGUCUUCCUCAGGAUAUUUAUCCUUUUUGAAAUUUUGCUUAACUUAGCCUUGAAAAUUACAUUUUAACUGUGGUCAGCAUUGAUUUAUAAUAAGCAAUGGACAUAUUCAGGGUCCUGGAGAGAUAAGGAUACAGAUCAAUCUUCUCCCUCACUGAAGGACUUCCUUUACCUUCUGUUUCUCCUGGGACCUUGAUUCAUUAAUUAUUUCACCUUUGCUUUACUAAAUUUUCAAUCCAUACUUUUCUAUAAUGUACUCCCUUCAGAGGAAGAAAGAGGGAAGGGAAUUAUUUGAGUGCUGAUCAUGGUGCAUUGAAAACUUUCUUUGUAAAAUGUUUCUUUUUUUACAUCUCUUUCUGGUGUCCCUGAAUAUGUAAGCAUGGGUCUAUGUCUACCAAGCUCAGUGUUGUAGAGUUACUUUUACCUUUUGCUAAGGUGGGAUGGGAUCAGUAGGGUCAGGAGCACAACACCUAACAUAGUCUUUUCAUAAUACAAAUUUGUUGGAAUAAGAAUAAAAUAAUGAAUCCUUUUCAAACAAAUUUACCAGAUAUUACCAUGUUCUCUAUAAGAUGUCCUUUUGUGUUUGGCAGUUAACCAGCACUGAAUUUUGUCUACCUUCAUCUAGAGUGACAAACCAUUCAAGUGUGUUCAGGACUGAGGGGUUUCCUGGGCUGCAGAACUUAGUGUUAAAACUGGGGAAGUCCCACAUAAACCAGGACUAUUGGUCUCCCUACCUUCUUCCUGCUAGCAAUGUCUUUUUCUUUAGUGUUCAUCAGCAGUUCUCAUUUCUGUCCAAGUGCUUGUGAAUCACAACCUGUGUAGUCUGUGAUGAAAAGGAAAAAAGAUGUAUGAACUGUGGUGUGUUGUGCAGGUUCCCAAAGUAGACCGGCAGCCGCAGCAUCAUUUGAGCACUUGUUAGAAAUGAUAAUUCUCAGGCCCCACACCAGACCUACUAAAUCAGAAACUGUGGGGGUGGAAGCCAGAAGUUUGUGUUUUAGCAAGCCCUCCAGGGGAUUAUGGUGCCUGCCAAAGUUUGAGAACCACUGAAGGGAAGAGCCUUGUUGCUAAGCUCUAGGCCCUAUUUUGAGCUAGAGUUUCUUCUUCAUUUUAAAAUGGAGGCCUUGGACAGGGCAACAUCUAAAGGUUCUGUCACUCUGUAAUUUUGUUUGACCUCAUAGCUUAAGUUUUCUCAUAUGAGCAAAAUAAGGAAAAUACCUACCCCACAGGCUUUUCUAGCAAAUUUGUGAUUAUUAAAUAAGAUGUUUGCAGCACAUAAUGAUAACCAAUAACAAUAGCUAACUUUCAUGGCGCUUUCCAUGUGCCAGACACUGUUAUAACUGCUUUUAAUCCCCACAGCAACCCUACCCCUGUUUUAUAAAUGAAGAAAUAGAGGUAAUGAGAGAUUAAGUGGUUUAGCCAAGGUCACAUGGCUAAAUAAGUGUCAGAGUUUGGAUUAGAAUUUUGGAAAAUCUGGCCACAGAGACAGUGCUUUUAAUUAAUAUGCCAUAUUCCAAAAUAAAUGUCAAUGCCUUCCCCCUUGUCCUUAUUCCAACAAUAUUUACAGUCUAGCUGACCAUUCAUAGAUAGUAAUCAUCUGUACUCUUAAGUUCCUUCCAAUAAAAUCUUAAGAGAACCAUGAGAAUAUUUACAUGUUUUGCAGUUUAUAAAUAUCCACCAAACCCCCUACUUUUUUAAAAAACAAAGUGUUUUUCACAUUCUCUAAUUUUACUUGUUCCAAAGGUAGAAACUUGAUGAUAGAAAGAAAUCAAUCCAUUUAGCAUUUUUCCUUCUUUCCACACUCUUGCAAAAUAUGUCAGUUGUUAGGAUCAAAACCAUUUCAUAGGACAUAUUCAUAUCACUGCCCCAGGAAGCUCUUGGGCAUAUUGGAGAUCCACUCACACAGCCAUCUGGUGGCUUAGUUGUGAAAUCAGGCCAUGUCGGUGUCCUUGCCUCCUUAGGCCUACAACUCACCAGAGCCAAAGACCCUGGCAGAUAUGGUUGUAGUUCUUUUUUUGUUCUUUUCUGUUGUUGUCAGAUCUACAUUCAGGGGUUGGUAGGGUUUGUGGGUAGUUUAUCCUACUCCUUGGCUUUAAGCAGUGGGCCUGGCUUUUGUCCUCCAUCUUGCUAAGAGUACUUUUGGACCACUCAGAGUAUGAAGUCUUAGCUUGAUUAAUGGAAUCCAAGCUUCCUUUCUGGAAAAAAUAAUCAGGCAUCUUUUACAAUUGUGAAAAUCGUCUUAAACCAUGUUGGUGUGUAUCAUAUAGUUUCAUAGUGGUGUUCUAACCUACUUUUUAUGGGUAGAUAAAUAUGGUAAUUUAUCCUGUGCAUAAGUAAAGAUCACAGGGUCAGUGCUAUGUGAACCUAUGAAGUCAGUGAAGGUUUUUCUCUUCUAGCCCUACCUUUCUCUGUGGUCUAUCUUUUGUCCCAUUAAUGAUGGGCCACUCCCUCCAAUUCAGGUACUCAGUAUCCUCUUACCUUCUGCUUUCUAGAUCCCUCUCUGAUGCCUUGACUGAGUCAAUGUAGUGUUAUAGAAAGAGCAUGGACUUGGACCAAACUGGGCUUGAAUUCCAUCUUUGCCUCUGACUAGCCUGGUGAAUUUGGAGAAGUCACUUUUGUUCCUUGAGCCUCUGUUUCUUCAUCUGCAAAAUAAGGCUUAUAAAUGUCAUCUACCUGCUAAAGCUGUGAUGAAGAAUGAAAUGAGGUCUGGUGCAUAAAGUGUGUACCACAGUGAACAGCACACAAAAAUACUCAGUAGUGGUUUAUUUUUGUCAUCAAUGUUAUUUGAGCAAAUAAGAGGGAACAAGGCGAGUCUGUGUUUGAUAGAAAUCAGCAUUCUACUUAGAGGGAAGGAGAAAAGCAAUGAGAGUCAGACUUGGAAAAAUAUGUGGAAAUGCUAGGGGUAAGGGAGAGUAGACAGGUCAUGAAAUGUACACAUAUUGGCAGAGCAUUCAAGCACAACCUGAGGGUUUAUAGAUAGGAAGUUGGUUUGAGUAGGUGGUGCAGGAGCUGAAAGCUGAAAGGGCGAAUGGAUCAGAGAGAGAGGUCAGAGGAUGGAUCAGAGAGCUUGAUAAGACAAGGAGUCUGGAGUGUUUUAGGGAGAGUGGCUUGAUAACAAAGGUGAUAGGAUGAAUGAGCCAAGUAGGCAGAUACCUAUGCCUGCCAUGAUGUAUAGUUAAGGUAGAACACAUACUUACACAUGUUACUUCACCAUGUCCCAAAACCCCAGUGAAACUACUAUAAAAUGAUAUUUAAAAUGAUUGGAAGGGCAGGAAAGGAGACAACAACUAAAUUUUGAAUGCUGAAAAGCAGAUGGAUGAAUAGUAACUGACUUAGCAGACCCAGAAAGGUCACAAAGAAUCUUAAACCCUUAGUGGGAGAAGCCAAAAACCAACCUCAUUUAUUACCCCCUUUUCCACCCCACCCCACAAGAAUCUUCAAAGGCUGAAAUAUGUGACUCUGGAAGUGGAGGUGGGUAGUAGGCACCAAAAUAAUGAGGUUUGCUUAAAAAUUGUUUAAGAAUUUCCAAACCCCCUCCUGCAUUUGAUACCUGACUAAACUGAGGAUCUGGCCCUUCCUUGCCCUGACAGAAGUCUGGAGUGUUAGUCCCUGAAAUGCAGAGGACUCUGGACUGGGAGCCAAGGGCUGGAAUCUCAUCUUAAAAACAGAAGAGAUAAUUAGAGAUAUGCAUCCUGAAAGCCGUAAAUCCCCAUCCUUCUCCACCUCAGACUCAAAAAUUCUCGCAGCUGAAAGGUUCUUCUGUGAGCCAUUUGACCAACUCAGAAAAAUAUCUAAGGAUACUGACAAUAAAGGAUCUCCAAAAAGAACCCAGCUGAAAUACUCUAUGGUGAGGCUCAUUGUAUGCUAUUGUGAGGUAGACAGGAGGAGGAGGAGACCCAUCCAGCUGAGGAUAUUUAUUAUUAGAAAUGCAGGGGAGAGCUAAGAUGGCAGCAUAGCAAGAGGACCUUAGGCUUCUCUCAUCCCUCAAACACAACUAGAUAUCAAAUCAUUCUAAAUGCCCCAGAAAUUAACCUGAAGACUGAGAGAAUAAACUCCACAAUUAAAAGGAGAGAAGACACUACAUCAAAGAAAGAGAGUGUGGAGAUGUGAUUUGGAGGAGAAAUGGAUCACAGGAGCUGCAAAGGAAAGGGAGCUGUGGUUGUGGGGAAAGGCGAGAGAGAGGAGCACACAAGCAGAACACUUCCCCCAAAGCCAUUGGCUAGGAAAAGUAGAGGGGCUGAUUUUUGUGAGUUCUUCCAACCAGCAGGAUUUAAAGACUUGAGUUUUAAAGGUUGGUGGGCUUGGCUGGGAUAGAAGUUUGAGGGCACUACCCUACUCCUGGAGAGAAGGCAGGCAAACAACCCAGGGGCAGAUGGCAUUGAAAUAGCAAUCUGAGGAAUGCCUGGGGCACACGGUGGGGUGGGGGGAAUAUUUGCUCUUCUUGGAGAGUGUCCCUUGUCCCUGAGAGGUAGCAUUCAUUGAGACACAUUUCUGGGGACAAAGGAGCCAGCUGAUGCCAUUUCCCUCCCCCACCCCUCAGCAUAAACGCAGAGCCACCUGCAGAGGGCAGCUUGGCCCCAGCACUGGUUGCCUAGCCUGCUUGCUCCAGGUCCCACACUCCUACAUUCUGGCACAACUACCCUUCUCAGUCAAACCUGCUCAGUCCCAGCAUGGUGAGACCCUCCCCUAGAAGACCAGUGCAGGCCCCUGCCCACACCAUGUCCCCAAAGCCUGGAGAUUUAAGUCAGCAGGCUAGGCUGGGCUAGAGCCUAAAGGGCAAAGUGAUGUUUCUGGAGAAAAGGCAGGCAAACAACCCAGAGGCAGACAGUAUGGAAACAGCAAUCUGAAAAACACCUGGUUCACAUGGUGGGUGGUGGUGGGGAUUAUUCACUCUUCUUGGAGUGCAUCCCUGAGAGCAGUGGGUACAGAGACCCCUUUCUGGGGACAAAGCUGGCUGGUGCCAUUGCCUUCCCUCACCCCUCAGCAUAAGCACAGAACCACUUUUAGUAAACAGCACAGUGCCAACACUGGCUGCCUAACCUGCUUACACCAGGUCCCACUCCCCUGUGCUCUGCUGCUACUGCCCUUCUUGGUCAAGUUUGCCUUGAGACCCUCCCCUAGAAGACCUGUGGACUAAAUGCUACAAUCAAAAGACAUAGACUAAAUGCUUCAAUCAAAAGACAUAGGGUGUCAGAAUGGAUUAAAAAAAACAAGACCCAUCUAUAUGCUGCCAACAAGAGACUCAUUUUAGACUGAGAGACAUCUGCAGAUUGAAAGUGAGGGGGGUGGAGAAAUAUUUAUCAUGCAAAUGGAGGUCAAAAGAAAGCCAGAGUGGCAGUACUUAUAUCAGACAAACCGCACUUUAAACCAAAGACUAUAACAAGAGACAAAGAAGGGCACUACAUCAUAAUAAAGGGGACAAUCCAACAAGAAGAUCUAACAAUUGUAAAUAUUUAUACACCCAACUUGGAAGCACCCAAAUAUAUAAAACAAUAACAAACCUAAAGGAACACACUGAUAAUAAUACAACAAUAAUAGGGGGCUUUAACAUCCCACUUACAGCAAUGGACAGAUCAUCUAAGCAGAAAAUCAAUAAGGAAAAAAUAGCUUUGAAUGACACACUGGACCAGAUGAACUUAACAGAUAUAUUAGGAACAUUCCAUCCUAAAGCAGCAAAAUAUGUAUUCUUUUCAAGUGCACAUGGGACAUUCUUCAGAAUAGAUCACAUAUUCAUAAAGGCAUCAAUGAAUACAAAAAGACCUGAGAUCAUACCAAGCAUAUUUUCUGACCACAACACUAUGAAAUUUGAAGUCACCCACAAGAAAAAAUUUGGAUAAAACCACAAAUUCAUGCAGGUUAAACAAUAUGCUACUAAGAAAUGAAUAGGUCAGGGCGCCUGGGUGGCUCAGUUGGUUAGGCGACUGCCUUCGGCUCAGGUCAUGAUCCUGGAGUCCCGGGAUCGAGUCCCGCAUCGGGCUCCCUGCUCAGCGGGGAGUCUGCUUCUCCCUCUGACCCUCCCCCCUCUCAUACUCUCUAUCUCAUUCUCUCUCUCAAAUUAAUAAAUAAAAUCUUUAAAAAAAAAAAGAAAGAAAUGAAUAGGUCAACCAGAAAAUAAAAGAAGAAAUUUAAAAAUACAUGGAAAUAAAUGAUAAUGAAAACACAAUGGCCAAAAUCUUUGGGAUGCAGCAAAAGUGGUCCUUGGAGGGAAGUAUAUAGCAAUACAGGUCUACCUUAAGAAGCAAGAAAUUUUUGAGAUAAACAACCUAACCAUAUACCUAAAGGAGCUAGAAAAAGAACAACAAACCAAGCCUAAAGCCAGUAGAUGGGAAAUAAUAAAGAUUAGAGCAGAAAUAAAUGAUACAGAAACUAAAAAAGCAAUAGAAAAAAAUCAAUGAAGCCAGGAGCUGGCUCUUUGAAAAAAUUAAUGAAAUUGAUAAUCCCCUAGCCAGAAUUAUCAAAAAGAAAAGAGAAAGGACCCAAAUAAAUAAAAUCACAAAUGAGAGAUGAGAAAAAGUAACCCAAAACCACAAGAAUGCAAACAAUUAUGAGAGUAUUAUGAAAAAUUACAUGCCAACAAAUUGGACAAUUUGGAAGAAAUGGAUAAAUUCCUAGAAACAUAUUAACUAGCAAAACUGAAACAGGAAGAAAUAGAAAAACUUGAACAGACUCAUAACCACCAAAGAAAUUGAAUCAGUAAUAAGAAAUAUCCCAAAGAAAAGUCCAGGACCAGAUGGCUACACAGGGGAAUUCUACCAAAGAGGAGUUAAUACCUAUUCUUCUCCAACUAUUCCAAAAAAUAGAAAUGGAAGGGAAACUUCCAAAUUCAUUCUAUGAGGCCAGCAUUACCCUGACACCAAAACCAGAUAAGACUCUGCUAAAAAAGAGAACCAUCGAUCAAUAUCCCAGAUGAACAUGAUGCAAAAACUCUCAAUAAAAUACUAAAACAAUGGAGUGCAUUAAAUGCAUUAGAAGAAUCAUUCACCACGAUCAAGUGGCAUUUAUUCCUGGGCUACAAAAAUAGUUCAAUAUUCACCAAUCAAUGUGAUAUACCACAUGAAAAAAAGAAAGGAUAAGAACCAUAUGAUCCUUUCAAUAGAUGCAGAAAAAGCAUUUGACAACGUACAACAUCCGUUCAUGAUAAAAACCCUCAACUAAGUAGGUUUAAAAGGAACAUACCUCCUCAUAAUAGAGGCCAUAUAUGAAACAACCACAGCAAAUAUCAUCGUCAGUGGGAAAAACAGAGCUUUUCCUCUAUGGUCAGGAACAAGACAGGGAUGUCCACUCUCACCAUUGUUAUUUAACAUAGUACUGAAAGACUUAGCCACAGCAAUCAGACAACAAAAAGAAAUAAAAGGCAUCCAAAUUGGCAAGGAAUAAGUCAAACUUUCACUCUUUUCAGAGGACAUGAUACUCUAUAUAGACAACCUAAAAUACUCAACCCAAAAAUUGCUAGAACUGGUAUGCAAAUUCAGUAAAGUCACAAGAUACAAAAUCAACAUAAAUCUGUUGCAUUUCUAUACACCAAUAAUGAAGCAGCAGAAAGAGAAAUCAAGGAAUCAAUCCCAUUUAUAAUUGUGCCAAAAACCAUAAGAUGCCUAGGAAAAAACCUAACCAAAGAGGUAAGAGAUCUGUACUCUGAAAACUAUAAAACAUUAAAAAAUUGAAGAUGACACAAAGAAAUGGAAAAACAUUCCAUGCUCAUGGAUUGGAAGAACAGGUAUUGUUAAAAUAAAAAAUAUAUUACCCAAAGCAACCUACACAUUUAAUGCAAUCACUAUCAAAAUACCAACAGCAUUUUUCACAGAGCUAGAACAAACAAUACUAAAAUCUGUAUGGAACCACAAAAGAGCCUGAAUAGCCAAUUCAACCUUUUAAAAGAAAAGCUGGAGGCAUCACAAUUCCAGACUUCAAGUUAAAUUACAUAGCUGUGGGGGCGCCUGAGUGGCUCAGUCGUUGGGCAUAUGCCUUCAGCUCAGGUCUUGAUCCCAGGGUCCUGGGAUCGAGCCCCGCAUCGGGCUCCCUGCUCCGCAGGAAGCCUGCUUCCCCCUCUCCCUCUCCCCCUGCUUGUGUUCCCUCUCUCACUGUGUCUCUCUCUGUCAAAUAAAUAGAUAAAAUCUUAAAAAAAAAAUUACAUAGCUGUACUGCUGGCACAAAAAUAGACAAAUAGAUCAAUGGAACUGAAUAGAAAAGCCAGAAAUAAACCCACAACUAUAUGGUCAACUAAUCUUUGACAAAGCAGGAAAAAAUAUCCAAUGGGGAAAAGACAAUCUCUUCAACAAAUGGUGUUGGGAAAACUGGACAACAACAUGCAAAAGAAUGAAAUUGGACCACUUUCUUACACCAUACACAAAAAUAAAUUCAAAGUGGAUGAAAGACCUAAAUGUGAGACCUGAAACCAUAAAAAUCCUAGAAGAAAGCACAGGCAGUAAACUCUCUGACAUCAGCCAUAGCAACUUUUUCCCAGAUAUGUCUCCUGAGGCAAGGGAAAUAAAAGCAAAAAUAAAUUAUUGUGACUAAUCAAAAUAAAAAGCUUCUGCACAGUGAAGGAAACAAUUAACAAAACUAAGAGGCAACCUACAGAAUGGGAGAAGAGAUUUGCAAAAGAUAUAGCCUAUAAAGGGUUAAUAUCCCAAAUAUAUAAAGAUCUUAUAUAACUCAACACCCAAAAAACAAAUAAUCCAGUUAAGAAAUGGACAGAAGACAUGAAUAGACAUUUUUCCAAAGAAGACAUACAGAUGGCUAACAAACACAUGAAAAGAUGCUCAGCAUCACUCAUCAUAAGGGAAAUACAAAUCAAAACUAUAAUGAGAUAUCACUUCACACCUGUCAGAAUAGCUAAAAUUAACAACACAGGAAACAUCAGAUAUUGGUGAGGAUGUGGAGAAAGGAGAAACCUCUUGUCCUGUUGAUGGGAAUGCAAACUGGUGCAGCCACUCUGGAAAACAGUAUGGAGGUUCCUCAAAAAGUUAAAAAUAGAACUACCCUAUGAUCCAGCAAUUGCACUACUAGGUAUUUACCCAAAGAAUACAAAAAGACUAACUUGAAGGAAUAUAUGCACCCCAAUAUUUACAGCAACAUUAUUUACAAUAGCCAAAUUAUGGAAAGUGCCCAAAUGUCCAUGUAUUGAUGAAUGGAUUAAGGAGAUAUGGUGUAUAUAAAUACAAUGGAAUAUUACUAAGCCAUAAAAAAGAAUAAAAUCUUACCAUUUGCAAUGACACUGGAUGGAGCUAGAGAGUACUAUGCUAAGUGAAAUGAGUCAGUCAGAGAAAAAGAAAUACCAUAUGAUUUCACUCAUAUGUGGAAUUUAAGAUGCAAAACAAAUGAACAUAGAGUGGAAAAAAGAGAGAAAACCCAAGAAACAGACUCUUAACUAUAAAGAACAAACUGAUGGUUACCAGAGGGGAAAUGGGUGGAGGGAUGGGUUAAAUAGGUGAUGGGAAUUAAGGAGGGCACUUGUGAUGAGCACCAGCUGUUGUAUGUAGGUGUUGAAUCACUAAAUUCUAUACCUGAAACUAAUGUUACAUUGUAUGUUAACUAACUGGGAUUUAAAUAAAAAUUUACCCAAAAAAAGAAAAGAAUUUCUUUUACAGUAUCAUCAAAAAGAAUAAAACAAUGGCGCCUGGGUGGCUCAGUCAUUAAGCGUCUGCCUUCGGCUCAGGUCAUGAUCCCAGGGUCCUGGGAUCGAGCCCCGCAUCGGGCUCCCUGCUCCGCGGGAAGCCUGCUUCUCCCUCCCCCACUCCCCCUGCUUGUGUUCCCUCUCUCACUGUGUCUCUCUCUGUCAAAUAAAUAAAUAAAAUCUUUAAAAAAAAAAAAAAAGAAUAAAACAAUGAGGAAUAAAUUUAACAAAAGAUGUGCAAGAGUUGUAUUUGCUGAAAGGAGAACAUUGCUGAAAGAAAUUAAAGAGGACCUAAAUAAAUGGAAAGUCAUCCUGUUUCAGUAAAUUGAACAUUUAAUAUUGUUAAGAUGGCCAUAGUCCCCAAGGCAAUAUAGAGAUUCAAUACAACCCCCAUCAAAAUCUCAGUGACUUGUUUUGCAGAAAUGUUAAAGCCAAUCCUAAAUGCAUAUGGAACUGCAAGGGACACAGAGAGCCAAAACAAUCUGGAAAAAGAAGAACAAAGUUGGAGGACCCACACUUCCCAAUUUCCAAGCAAUCCCCAAAACGGCAUAAUGGUGGCAUAACGGUAGACAUGUAGGUCAAUGUUUUGGAAUUUAGAGUGAGAAAUAAAUUCACAGAUUUAUGAAUAGCUGAUACUGAACAAGGGUGGUCAGGCCAUUCAAUGUAGGAAUGAGCAAUCUCUUCAAGGAACGGAGCUGGGAAAACUGAGUAUCGACAGACAAAAGAAAGAAUGUGGAGUCCAGUCUGAAACCGUGUCUGAAAGUGAACUCCAAAACUGGAUCACAAACCUAAAUGUAAGCAAGGAAACCAUGAAACCCUUGGAAUAAACCAUAGAUGUAAAUCCUGGUGGAUUUGACUAUGCAGUGUUUCCUUAAAUAUGGCAGCAAAAGCACAGCUACAAGAAAGGGAGGAGGAGAAGAGGAAGGAGGAGGGAUGGAGGAGGAGGAGAAAAACAAAACCGCACCCCAUCCAAACCAAAAACAUUUGUGCAUCAAAGGACUCUCCCUAGAGACUCUGUUACGCAACAGUUCCUUACAUAUGGUAGCAAAAGCAUGGCCACAAAAGGAGGAGGACCUGUGUAGAAAGUGAAAGGCCAACCUCCCCGUCCCCAGGAUGGGAGAAGCAUUUGCAAAUCAUGUAGGUGAUAAGGGCGUAUUUUUCAGAAUGCAUCAAGAAUGCUUAGAACUCAACAACGAAGAGGUGAACAGCGCGGUUCAACAGUGGGCAAAGGACUUGAGCAGACAAGGCGAACAAGGCAGUUAAACAAGGGGCAAAGGACUCGAGCAGCCAUUCCUCCGAAGCGCAUGUACGAAUGGCCAAGAGGCACGUGAAAAGCUGCUCAACAUCGUUAUAGCCGUUAGGGACGUGCAGGUCAAAACCACCCGCAGGGGCGCCUGGGUGGCUCAGUCGGUUGAACGUUUGGACUCUGGACCUCGGCUCAGGUCAUGCAUGAUCUCAGGGUUGUGAGAUCCAGCCCCACGUCAGGCUCCACGGUGGGCUCUGCACCGGGCACGGAGCCUGCUUAAGAUUCUCCUCUCUCUCUCUCUCUCUCCCGCCUCCCUCUGCCCCUCCCCCCCCCCCGUCUCCCUCUCUAAGAAAAAGUCACCAUGAGAUAGCACCUCACACCCAGUAGGAUGGCUCUUCUAGGCACAAGAGAAACAAAGCAAGUGGGAAAUGACAAGUUUGGGCGAGGGUGUGGAAGAACUGGGACCCUCGCCCAGUGCUACUGGGAUUGGAAAGUGGCACAGCUGCCGUGGGAAUCCGUUGGGCAGCUCCUCAGUAAGGUACACAUAGAAUGACCAUAGGAAGGACCCCGCAAUCCCACUCCUGGAUCUAUACCCGAAGGCAUUGGGAACAGGCGCUCCGACAGAACCCUGUGUACGGGAACGUCCACCGCAGCGCUCUUCCUGCCCAUCCGCCCCAAGGUGGAAAGCACCGCAAGGCCCGUCCACUGACGGACGGGAUGCACGACGCGUGGUCUAUCCAUGGCCGGGGGAUAUUAUUCGGCCGUCGAAAGACACGAAGUGCUGAUUCAGGCUACCACGUGGAGGAGCCCUCAUGAAAACAUGGGUGCUGAGCGAAAGCAGCGCGACCCCCAAAGCCACCUAUUGGUCUUACGAUCCCAUCUCUAGUGAGCAUUCCCUCCAGGAGAGGUUGCAGGGGGGCAGGGCGAGCAGGCUCCUGCCGGCGCCGUUUCUUGGCAGGCCCAGGCUCCCAGCAGGGGCUGAUGGGAAAGCAGUGACCUCACCGGAUCUACGUGUCACGAAGUGUGUCCCCGGACCAAUGAAGGGGGUCGGUCCGUGGUCGCUAGGAGACGGCGGCUCAGGGGCCCAACGACCGGCUGGUUGGAGACGUUGGGCCCAGCUGGCGCACCGCACCGCACCGCACCGCACCGCAGAGCUAGACCCGUCGGAGAAAGCGCAGUCAAGGCCCAGCAUGCCGGGGAAAAGGAGCCGUCGAGGGUCGUCCAGGAGCCAGAGGCGGACCCGCUCCCGCACUGCCCGAGCCGAGCUGUCGUUCUCCGUGAGCCACAUGGAGCGCCUGCUGAGGGAGGGCCACUACGCGCGGCGCCUGGGCUCGUCCGCACCCGUCUUCCUAGCGGCCGUCAUCCAGUACCUGACGGCCACGGUCCUGGAGCUGGCAGGCAACGAGGCCCGGAACAGCGGCAGGAGGCGCAUCACCCCGGAGCUCGUGGACAUGGCCGUCCACAACAACGCGCUGCUCAGCGGCUUCUUCGGGGCUACGACCAUCUCCCAGGUGGCCCCGGCCUGGGAGUAGCUGCCCAACGUGAGCCGGGGUCUCGGGCCCCGGCCGGCCAGUCCGGCCUGCUCACCGCUGGGGCAGCCCCGGCCCGGCUGGUGCCUCGGGCAAAGUCCUUGACGGUCCAGAAAAGUGGGGCAAGGAACCCCUUUUGGUCCAAGCAAUAAAAGCGAGCGAAAG